AAAAAUUUAGUGUAUCCUGUAUAAAAUGGACGAAGAAGAUGAACGAGCACCUCUGAUGCUUUUCGGAAGAGAUGUAACACAAAUUCCAUGCUUUAGAAGCAGUUUUAUGUAUGGAAUUGGUACUGGUGUCUUCUGUGGGUUAGCGACGUUCAUGUUUACCAGCAGGCCACGUAUCUCCUCCCACGCAGGCGUGGCUAGCUUCGUUAGUACGACAUGGAUCUACUGGAUGUAUUGCAGAUACGAAUGGGCGAAGCGGAAAUUGGAGGCAGAACAACUUCAAGCCGUAAUAGAGCAGUACACCGAACGCCGAGGUACACCCGGUGAUAUCGCAAUUCCGCAAGAGACAUUGCCUUUGGUGGAUGCUUGAGGCGAAGUUCUUACAAUGUAAAUGAAACAAUACGCAAGAGAAAUACGAACUACCCUUAAUUGUGACUUGACGAGUUUAAAAUGUAGAAUAAAAGUAAUCUUAUUUGAUAAUUACGAUAAGAUUUCUCCAAUAAAUAUAAAAGUUAUUUUUGUUUUAA